CUCGCCCCCGGCGCCCGCGCCCCAGCCCGGCCGGCGAGCCCCCGGGCCGACCCCGCCGCCCGCACAAAAUGUCGGCGCGGACGCCAUUGCCGACGGUGAACGAGCGGGACACGGAGAACCAUACGUCUGUGGAUGGAUAUACUGAACCACAUAUCCAGCCUCCCAAAUCAAGCAGCAGACAGAACAUUCCUCGGUGUAGAAACUCCAUUACGUCAGCAACAGACGAACAGCCUCAUAUUGGAAAUUACCGUUUACAAAAAACAAUAGGGAAGGGAAAUUUUGCCAAAGUGAAAUUGGCAAGACAUGUUCUAACUGGUAGAGAGGUUGCUGUGAAAAUAAUAGACAAAACUCAGCUGAAUCCUACUAGUCUACAAAAGUUGUUUCGAGAAGUACGAAUAAUGAAGAUAUUGAAUCAUCCUAAUAUAGUAAAAUUGUUUGAAGUUAUUGAAACGGAGAAGACCCUCUAUUUAGUCAUGGAAUACGCGAGUGGGGGUGAAGUAUUUGAUUACUUAGUUGCCCAUGGAAGAAUGAAAGAAAAAGAGGCCCGUGCAAAGUUUAGGCAGAUUGUAUCUGCUGUGCAGUAUUGUCAUCAAAAGUGCAUUGUUCACCGUGACCUUAAGGCUGAAAACCUUCUCCUUGAUGCUGAUAUGAAUAUUAAAAUUGCUGACUUUGGUUUUAGUAAUGAAUUUACAGUUGGGAACAAAUUGGACACGUUUUGUGGAAGCCCACCCUACGCUGCUCCCGAACUUUUCCAAGGAAAGAAAUACGACGGCCCUGAAGUGGAUGUGUGGAGUCUCGGGGUCAUUCUCUAUACGUUGGUCAGUGGCUCGUUGCCUUUCGAUGGCCAGAAUUUAAAGGAACUGCGGGAGCGAGUCUUACGAGGGAAGUACCGUAUUCCCUUCUAUAUGUCCACUGACUGUGAAAAUCUUCUCAAGAAAUUACUAGUGCUGAAUCCAAUAAAGAGAGGCAGCUUGGAACAAAUAAUGAAAGAUCGAUGGAUGAAUGUUGGUCAUGAAGAAGAAGAACUAAAGCCGUAUGCUGAGCCGGAACCAGAUUUUAAUGACACGAAAAGAAUAGACAUCAUGAUCACCAUGGGUUUUGCACGAGAUGAGAUAAAUGACGCCUUAGUAACUCAGAAAUAUGAUGAAGUUAUGGCUACUUAUAUUCUUCUUGGUAGAAAACCACCUGAAUUUGAAGGCGGUGAGUCAUUAUCCAGUGGAAACUUGAGUCAGAGGUCACGGCCCAGUAGUGACUUAAACAACAGCACUCUUCAGUCCCCUGCUCACUUGAAGGUCCAGCGGAGCAUCUCUGCAAAUCAGAAGCAGCGACGUUUUAGUGAUCAUGCUGGUCCAUCCAUUCCUCCUGCCGUAUCAUACACCAAAAGGCCUCAGGCUAACAGCAUGGAAAGUGAACAGAAAGAGGAGUGGGACAAAGAUGUGGCUCGUAAACUUGGCAGCACAACUGUUGGAUCAAAAAGCGAGAUGACUGCAAGCCCUCUUGUAGGGCCAGAAAGGAAAAAGUCCUCGACUAUUCCGAGUACCAACGUAUAUCCUGGAGGUAGCAUGGCAAGAAGGAAUACAUACGUGUGCGAAAGGACCACAGAUCGGUACACGGCAUUGCAGAAUGGGAAAGACAGCAGCCUUACGGAGAUGUCCGCGAGUAGCAUAUCUUCUGCAGGCUCUGCUGUGGCUUCUGCUGUCCCCUCAGCACGACCCCGCCACCAGAAGUCCAUGUCCGCUUCUGGUCAUCCUAUUAAAGUUACACUGCCAACCAUUAAAGACAGCUCUGAAGCUUACCGGCCCGGGGCAACCCAGAGAGUGCCUGCUGCUUCCCCAUCUGCUCACAGUAUUAGUGCCACCACUCCAGACCGAACCCGCUUUCCCCGGGGGAGCUCAAGCCGAAGCACUUUCCACGGGGAACAGCUCCGGGAGCGGCGCAGCGCCGCGUACAACGGGCCACCUGCCUCCCCCUCCCAUGAAGCGGGUGCGUUUGCACAUGCCAGGAGGGGCACGUCGACGGGCAUCAUCAGCAAAAUCACAUCCAAAUUCGUUCGAAGGGAUCCAAGUGAAGGCGAAGCCAGUGGCAGAACCGACACCUCAAGAAGUACGUCAGGGGAACCAAAAGAAAGAGACAAGGAAGAGGGUAAAGAUUCCAAGCCACGUUCUUUGCGAUUCACGUGGAGUAUGAAGACCACUAGUUCAAUGGACCCCACUGACAUGAUGAGAGAAAUCCGGAAAGUGUUAGAUGCGAAUAACUGUGACUAUGAACAGAAAGAGAGGUUUUUGCUUUUCUGUGUCCAUGGAGAUGCUAGACAGGAUAGCCUCGUGCAGUGGGAGAUGGAAGUCUGCAAGUUGCCCAGGCUGUCACUUAACGGGGUCCGCUUCAAGCGAAUAUCUGGGACAUCUAUUGCCUUUAAGAACAUUGCAUCUAAAAUAGCAAAUGAGCUUAAGCUAUAAAGAAAUUCAAAUUUACAGGAUCAGGGAAGAUACAUCCAUAGCCGAGGUACAGUUUUGAAUGUACUGGUAAUGCCUAAUGUGAUUGGCCUGUGAAUCUCCCCAUGUAGAAUUUGCCCUUCAUGCAAUAAGGUUAUACAUAGUUAUGAACUGUAAAAUUAAAGUCAGUAUGAACUAUAAUAAAUAUCUGUAGCUAAAAAAGUAGGUUCACCUGUACAGGUAAGUAUAUUGUGUAUUUCUGUUCAUUUUCUGUUCAUAGAGUUGUAUAAUAAAACCGAUGAUUGCUUAAAAACUUG